AUGGACAGUCUGCAAAUACCUGAUACUUCCUUCCCUGGCCCUUCGCGGCAAUACGGUUCAUCGAGAGCUACAUCAGUCGCGGUGCAGCCAUCAGCAGCAGCAGCACCUCAACCAUCGUCGUCUUCCCGCAGACAACGAGCAUCUCAUACUGUCGUCUCUUCUCAGCAGCAACAACAGCAGCAGAUUGACGAUCAGCCUGCCUAUCGCGACGUAUAUUCACAUCCUGCCGCAGUUGCUUACGCAGCGGCUCAUCCACGUCGCACUAUACCCAAAUUUGGUCCCUACCUUCUGUUGCAGACGCUUGGUGAAGGGGAGUUUGGGAAAGUAAAACUUGGUUUGCAUAGUCAAUGGGGCGAAGAGGUAGCUGUGAAGCUCAUUCGGAGAGGCAAUAUCGAUACAACUGUGCGGAUGUCCAAGGUUGAACGUGAGAUUGAAGUGUUAAGGAACUUGAAACAUCCCAAUAUCGUUCGACUAUACGAUGUUAUCGAGACGGACAAAUACAUCGGCAUUAUUCUGGAAUAUGCUUCUGGUGGCGAACUUUUCGACCAUAUCCUUGCUCAUCGCUAUCUGAAAGAAAAGGACGCCGCAAAGCUCUUUUCUCAGCUUAUCUCAGGUGUUUGGUACAUACAUCACAAGAAAAUCGUUCAUCGCGAUCUCAAACUUGAAAACUUGCUAUUGGAUCGUCAUCGCAAUGUCAUCAUCACUGAUUUCGGUUUCGCCAACCGUUUUGAGCAUCGCUCAGAUGAUCUUAUGCAGACUAGCUGUGGUUCCCCAUGUUAUGCUGCGCCGGAGCUUGUUAUCUCUGAAGGCCUCUACGUUGGUUCUGCCGUCGACAUAUGGUCAUGCGGAGUUAUUUUAUACGCCAUGCUUGCGGGAUAUCUUCCCUUUGAUGAUGACCCUGCCAAUCCUGAUGGCGACAACAUCAACCUGCUAUACAAAUAUAUAGUCAACACUCCUCUGUCCUUCCCUGACUAUGUCUCU